UGUAACAAAGAGCAAAGCAGUAGAACGACACAAGUUAGUAUAUUGACUACCAAGGGUAUGCAUGGGGGGACCGUGAUUUUUCGGAGGAUAGCUUGCGAGGAAUAUCAGAUAAAAACAACAAUUCCUAAUGCUUUGAAGCGUCUGUAGUAACGGCCUGGAAAUGAGUAUGCCCUUAGAUGAUAUCGUCUACGUAACGUUACUGUUACUAUCCAUACCGUUUGGACAUGUGGUGAAGGUAACGCGAAGUGCAGUGGGCAAAAGGGCCCUUACUGGCGUGGUGGGUGCCAUCAUGGCUCUGUUGAUUUGUCGUCUGCAUAUAAUACAUUCUCUCAUUACCACCACUGUCAACUGCCUCAUUGUCAAAUUGCUUCCUGAAAAAUACUGCCACAUUGUUAGUUUAUUUUGGUGCUUUACUUACUUGGCCUUCUUCCGUACCGCAUCUUGGUUUGGUUUUCCAGCACCACCUGCUUUUGCUAAUGCAGUACAACUGUUUUUAACAUUACGGAUGAUUGGCCUUGCAUUUGAGAUCCAUGACACAAAGUAUCCACCAAGACAAGGAGAAAGUAAUAACAAAUUAGUGAAGCUUUAUCAGAAUGUUGACCCUGGUGUCACAGAUAUCUUCAGCUAUGCUUAUUGUUACAUGGGCCUACUGGCAGGUCCAUACAUGAAGUACCGUACAUACUAUGACAUGCUUCAUGAGCCAGACACUAAUGACAUUGAAACUGUGAAACCAAUGUUACGCAGAUUAUCACUUAUACCAAUCAUUGCACUUGGUUAUUUUACCAUGUCACAUUUUUUCAGUAUCAAAUAUGUAAAAACCGAUGAUUUCUAUGAAAAGCCAUUAUGGUUCCGACUUUUCUACAUGAUGCCAAUAUUUUGUGUCUUCCGCUGGCGUCUCUACAUUGCCUGGAUCCUAGCAGAGUGUUCCUGCAUGAUGGGAGCAUAUGGGGCAUAUCCUGCCAGCUCCUUACCAAAAUGUGGUCAGGGACCUUCUGACCUGAAAGCACUCCAUAAAGUGAAAUCUUUCCCAAAGAAAACAGCUAGUUAUAACUUUGAAGCUGUAAAUAACCUCUACAUCUGGGGUUGUGAAAUGGCACCUACCACCAAAGAAGCAUUGCGCAGCUGGAAUAAGUCAGUGCAGUAUUGGCUGGCCAAUAUAGUCUACCGUAGAGUGCCAAUGAAAUCUUUUAGGGUAUUUCUGACAAUGGCUGUUAGUGCUUACUGGCAUGGCGUCGACCCAGGAUAUUACAUGAGCUUCCUCACAGUACCUCCAAUCCUGAUGGCUGAAAGAGUUAUGAUAGCAGCAUUUCGAGAUGAAGAACCUACAAUAAAGCAAAAACUAUUUGACCACGUGUGCUGGUUUUUUCGAAUGCGGGGAUUUGAUUACAAUUGCAUGGGCUUCCUUUUACUUUCUUGGCACGACACAGUUCGUUACUGGUCAUCUAUAUACUUUAUUGGACAUAUAACUAUUAUAGUAUUUUUUAUUGUUGGCACUAUUUUCCGUCCACCUAGGAAAAAAACCAACGACUGAUUUUCCUUUUAAGUUUUUUUUUUUUUUGCUACUUUCGAACUCUCUAAGUAUGUGACUGGAAUUAUGAGAUUAAAAAAAAAAAUACAAAAUUACACAGAGUGAAUGUGUGUACGUACUUUAUUUUUCAUUAUUUCUAAAUCUUCUUAUAUAAUCUGGUUAUUCCCUUCAAAUUAAAAUUAAUUGAUCACAUUUAAAAAAAAAAUUCCCCAACAUUCCAAAACCCAACCCACUUACAUAAUGUAAUGGCAUGACUCCAUGUAGUUUGUUAUUUGUGACCUAUCAUGAACACUUUAAAUCUGCUUUUGUUAUGGUAGAUGACUGUCACACACACACACACACCACACACACACACACACACACACACCCAGCAGGUUAAAUUAAAUAUCUAUGAAAAAUCUAAAC